AUGUCGACAUGCAGGAAAAGCUUGAAUAGCGCGGCGAGGGCGCUCCCUCGACUUUCUCUCCAUCAUUCCACGCCACCCGCUCCAGAACUCUGCCGUCGAACCUACGCCGUGGCUUCAUCCGCCGCGCCGCGAUUCCAAGUCUUCAACAGGAGGACGAAAUGGCUCCAGAAGGAGCGCGCAGGAGCCAAUGUGGAACAAGGCCGACAAGCAGACUACCUCAAGGAUGAGGUUGCCAUGCGCGUCGCAGAAAGACUGCUGGAUAUCAAUCGGCACUUCACCAACGUGCUCGACCUCGGCGCAAACAGCUGCAACAUUGCACGCGCCCUCACGGCAGACAAUCCAGACCCCGAUCCCUCCAAGCCCGAAUCCGCGCCCCUGUCGACGCGUAUAACGGAGCUCACGGCGGUCGACUCCUCGGAGACGCUUCUAUACCGUGACUCUGGCCUUGAUUUCAACAAUAAGCUCAACAUCAAGCGCCGUGUGCUGGAAGAUGAGGAGACGCUACCGUUUGAGCCAGAGUCGUUUGAUCUGGUCCUCAGCUCGCUCAGCAUGCAUUGGAUCAACGAUCUCCCUGGCAUCCUCUCCCAGAUCAACAAUGUUCUGAAGCCAGAUUCUCCAUUCAUUGGAGCAAUGCUUGGAGGCGACAGCCUCUUUGAGCUACGCACGUCGCUCCAACUCGCAGACUUGGAGCGUCGCGGAGGUAUUUCGCCGCACGUCUCUCCGCUAGCCGAUGUGAGGGACGUGGGCGGUCUGCUGCAAAAGGCGGGAUUCAAGAUGCUGACGGUGGAUGUCGACGACAUAAUCGUCGACUACCCAGACACGUUUGCCCUCAUGCAGGACCUGCAAGCAAUGGGCGAAAGCAAUGCCAUCUUGGGCCGAGAAAUGGGCCCCAUCAGGCGCGAUGUCCUGCUGGCCAACGAUGCCAUCUAUCGCGAACUACAUGGCAACGAGGACGGGUCGAUCCCAGCCACAUUUAGAAUCAUCUUCAUGAUUGGCUGGCGAGAGGGCGAGAACCAGCCUCAGCCUCUGGCCAGGGGAACAGGCGAGACCAGCCUGAAGGAUCUAUUGGAGCAAAAAUAG